AUGGAUGAAAGAAUACCGCGUCUGCAAGACAGACAAUUUAUUGAUCAUGACAAUUUCUUAGGGUAAUUAUUUCAUUUUUUGGGACAGUAUGGGCUCUGUCCAUGAACUAUUAGAUGUCCACCCUUGGUACCUUUAUAACUAUGUGACUAUCCUGCCCUUUUUAUUUAUUUCAGGGUGGAAUACUCCUCACUCUACAUGUGUAAAUCGAAAAGAGGACUGAAGCGCGAAGAUGGCAAGGUAUGCGCUCAUUUUGUCUAGUUUGUAUCUCAAUAAAAUGUCUGAUAGGUAACAAGUCAUUGUAGGAUAACACAACUGUCUUGACUAUGUGGCACUUGAUGUAGAAUUAAUCUAACGCUGUCAUUCGUUUCUGUGGUCCUAAUCAAAUGUAUCUAUCUUAUUGUUCCCAGGACGCGUACAAGUUACCACACCGACUGAUAGAGAAGAAGAGGAGAGACAGAAUCAAUGAAUGUAUCGGACAGCUGAAGGAUUUGUUACCCGAACAUCUCAAACUGACGGUAAGCUUUUGCAAUUAUGAAGGAUGAUGUAUAGCCUAAUAAUGUGUGUUUUUAUUUUAAUGUAUUGUUAAAUGAUUGUUGAGUAAUUGGAUCUCAUGGUUUUCCCUUUCAGACGCUCGGGCAUUUGGAGAAAGCAGUUGUUCUCGAGUUAACUUUGAAGCAUUUAAACGCUUUGACUGCAGUCACUGAGCAACAACACCAGAAGAUUAUUGCUUUGCAGAAUGGUAAAUUGUUACAUAACCUCCAAUGACUGUUCAAUAUUUGACUAUUAUAGGUUUCUCUACCUAGGCUACUUUGGAUUUAGAGUUGGGCUUGGAUAGGCUGUGCGUAAAAGUUAUUGUAGCCUAAAUCAAAUUCGAUAGGCCUAUUGGUUGUGUUCUCACAGUUGAUUACGAAUCAAUUCUGUAUUGUAAAUUGUGUCGUUUCUAACUUUAGAUGCAUGUUUUCCACGGGAUCGAUCUAUGAAGACGUCCAUUCACGCUGAUUUGGAUGCGUUCCACUCGGGGUUCCAAGCAUGUGCCAAAGAGGUCCUGCAGUACCUCAACAAGUUCGAGAACUGGAAUAUGCGCGAGCAGCGGUGCGCGCAGCUCAUCAACCACUUGCACAAAGUAUCUGCGCAGUUUCAGCCGGGUGCGCCAUUGCUCAAUCCCCAGCUACCUGCCGGAGACGUGCAGGAGCGUGAUAGCCAGAAAGUGGAAAGCCAAGCCGGACAUGACCGCGUAUCGGUCAUACAGAGGAGCCACGCGGAGCUUAACGAGAAUGACACAGACACAGACAGUGGAUACGGGGGUGAGGCGGAAAAGAACGAUGGGAAUAAAGGAUGUGACCGUAGCAAAGCAGUAAAGAUAAAGCAGGAGUUCGGGGAUGACCGCGCUGCCAAAAAACCAAAGAUGAACUGGGCUGGAAACAGCACGACGGGCGCAGACACGACCACCAGACCUGAUCUGGCCUUUAUUAACUCUUUGAUGGGAAUAACUGGCGUGGGACAGCAGACUCCAUUUUGCAUGCCAUUUUACUUAAUCAAUCCCUCGGCAGCAGCGACCUACAUGCCGCUAUUCGACAAAAGUAACCUAGAGAAGUUUGUGUACCCUGCUGCGGCAGCAGCAGCUCUCUCUUCCCCGUUUCCAUGGUUAUACCCCAGCCUUAACUCACACCCGUCGGCAACUGCGGCCGCUGCUGCUGCCGCAGGUGCUUUCUCCGGCAUGUCGACGGAGAAGAGCUCUGGAUUCGGUUCCAACUCCAAGCACUCUCUCUCUGACGACAGUGACAUGUCAAACGUGGCAGAGCCGGGCUCACCUGAGGAGAGGGAGGACAACCCUGAGAAUGAUGAUUAUGAUGAUGAUGAUGAUGAUGAUGAUGAUGAUGAUAUUAGGGAACGACUCCCCAGACAAUGA